UAAUCAAUCUCCGCGUAAAACUGCAUGCACAGUGGCCGGGGUAUUAUCGAGGAAAGCACGCUUCCAAUUCGCGGUAUACGUAUGGGCAAGCGUGCCAACCAACGACAACGAAACACGGCGCGGCGCGAGACAGCGCAGAGCGGAGCGACGCGAGGAGACGAGAAGGCACACGGUGCACGCAGCGAGUCAGCCAACGCAACGGUUCACUCACCAUUUAAAUCGCCCAAGUAUUAAAAUGAGUCUACCAGCAACAAAGAAAAGCAAAAAUGAUGCUAACAAAGAAGAAAGUAGUAUUGAUAUUUCUAAAGAAGCAAAAGGUAUAAUAGAUAAGAUUUUAGGAGAUGUGAGCAAGACAUCCGCUACUAAACAAAUUAUUAUUGGAACAGCAUCAGGAUGGCUUACUGGUUUUGUAACAAUGAAGGUUGGAAAAAUAGCUGCAGUUGCAGUUGGUGGUGGAAUUAUAAUGUUGCAAAUUGCAGCGCAUCAAGGUUACAUAAGAAUCAACUGGGAUAAAAUUCAAAAGAAAGCUGAAAAGCUUACAGAUAAAGUAGAAGAAAAAGUUACCGGCGAAGGACCAAAGCUUCUUGAUAAGGUCGAGAGAUAUGUUGAUAAAAAACUAGAUAAAGCUGAACAGUUGUUGAAAAAUGGCGAAUCUCGUACACGACGUUGGUACUACUCUAUGACUGGUGAUAAGUCACUUCAAAUUUCAGAAUUGCAUUUUUUCCUUGCAUCAUUUGUAACCGGUUUAGCGGUUAGUGUGGCUAUUCUCAACUAGAUUGAUACAUGCUGCACUCUGAAUGUAAAAGGUCAGGUGUUUAUCCAAAGAACAUUAACAAGUUCAUAACAGAAGUAAAAUGAAAUUUAUUAAUUGAUCAUAUGAAUAAUAAAAUGUACUUCACACUAUCUACAAUAUAAAUGAAAACUAUAUCUGUAUCUAAAGUGUUGAAACAUUUCGUUUCAGUAACAAGUGAAAAGUGAUCUGAUUUUUUUUAAUAUGGAUUGAUCUGUUCUAUUUGUUUUUGUAUCUGAAUUCAUAUUGUUCAGAAUGCAGCAAAAGUAAUAAUGCAGUCAUUAUAGUGAUUGUAUUUGUAGUCUUUAAUCCAUUAAUAUGUAGUAUAUACUAUAUACACUUGCUUUUUGUAUUAUUCUCUUAUAUUUACCAAACUUUGUAAACCAUAUUAUUAUAGUCUCGAAUUAUACGCUAUUUUGUUAUUUAAUUUAAUAAACAAAUAAUAUUUUCAA